UCUGAAAAGUAAUGCCAUUUGGUCAAUUGAGCUGCGUGGGUUAGUGUUGUUCCCGAGUAAAUUCGCAAUUUUGUUUAAAGUGAUUUUCCCAUAGAAUUUAAUUCUGGGAGUGUUGAGUGAAACGGUGAUUGCGUUUUAAGUCAAAAUGGGGUACAUUUUGAAGAGGUUUCUCCUGGUUUUGGGAUGUUUUGUGCUGGCGUUGGGUCAUUCAAUCCGUGAAAAGAGGCAGAUUAGUAAAUUUGUCCCGAAGGAUCCAUACCAUCCACAACCCGCACUAAACGAAGCUGGAGAAGUUUUAGUUGAAAAUCGCUGGCAACAUGUGGAUGCCGAGGAAGAAAAUGCUGCUUUCUGGAAUUCUCUGGCGCAGGAUCGACUUCGGGAGCAAGUGUUCCGUAGACCGAAUCUGAACGUAGCCAAGAAUGUUAUAUUCUUCUUGGGUGACGGUAUGUCUAUUCCCACCUAUGCAGCUAGUCGAGCUUACAUGGGGCAGCAACAGAAAUUGAGAGGUGAAGAAUCCCAAUUGGCGUUUGAUAAGUUCCCUCACACCGGAUUAUCGAAGACAUAUUGCGUGGACCGUCAAGUAGCCGAUUCUGCUUGCUCGGCAACAGCUUAUCUAUGCGGAGUUAAAGCCAAUUAUGGUACAAUCGGAGUAACUGCAAAAGUUCGCUACAAUCAAUGUGGGAUACAGGCCGAUCCCGCCAAUCAGGUGGAUUCCCUUGCCGCUUGGGCUCAGAAAGCAGGAAAAUCAACUGGUAUUGUUACAACGGCUCGCGUUACCCACGCAAGUCCUUCUGGAGCCUAUGCCCACGUCGCCAAUCGUGAAUAUGAGUGCGAUGCUGAUGUAAGGACAUAUGGACACAAUCCCGCAAUUUGCCAAGAUAUUGCAAGUCAGUUAGUUAACAAUAGAACUGGUACAGAGUUCAAAGUGAUUCUUGGUGGUGGACGUACCAAGUUCCUGCCCAAUAGCAUGCAAGAUGAACAAGGCAACGCUGGCGAACGUGAAGACGGUGUGAAUCUGAUCGACGAAUGGAAACGAAAACAUAGUAAUGGAGUUUACGUGUACAAUCGAAAGGGCUUGCUGCAAACUGAUUACGAUAGGACUCAAUACCUUCUCGGUCUGUUCGAUCCAAGUCAUCUGCAAUACAAUUUGGAUAAGACAGCACAAACCGAUCAACCUAGCUUGGCUGAAAUGACCGAAGCUGCCAUUAAAAUGUUGCAGAAAGACCGAAAUGGAUACUUUGUUUUCAUUGAAGGUGGUCGUAUCGAUCAUGCUCAUCAUGAGACCAAAGCUAGAAAAGCCUUAGAUGAAACUGUUGAGUUCUCGAAAGCCAUCGACCGUGCAAUUCAGUUGACCAAUCGUGAAGAUACACUCAUCAUAGUCACCUCAGAUCACGCACAUUGUAUGUCCCUUGCCGGUUACUCCUUCCGUGGUACAGAUAUUUUGGGUGUGAAUAGUGAAAUCAGCCCAAUCGAUGGUUUGCCAUAUGCGACACUAACUUAUGCGAACGGUCCCGGGUAUCGUGCUGAGCAGAAUGGACGAUUGGACUUGAGAAGACAAGAUAUGACCAACAAGGAUUAUGAGUAUCCAAGCUUAGCUCCGUUGCCAGCUGAAACCCACGGUGGAGAUGAUGUUGGAAUUUUCGCUUUGGGUCCUCAAGCUCAUUUGGUCUCAGGUGUCAUGGAGCAGAAUGUUAUACCACAUAUUGUGGCUUAUGCAGCUUGUAUUGGAGACGGUUUUACAAUUUGUAAAAAGAACUGAGGAGACUCGUAUGAUGUUGUUUUGUAGAAUAAUAUGUUAAGUUAGGUAAUAAACUAUAUGAACUAAAUACGUUUUAAAAUGA